AUGAAACUUACACAUUUUCUUAUCUUCAGAGAUUGAAAGAGACCAGAAGCAAAAAAAUACUCACGAAGGAGAUGACGACCGAAGUUUCCAAACAUACAACAAAAGACGAAUCAGCAAAUCCAGAACCAGACCAAAUCUUGAGUCCAAGAAGAUCGUUGCAGCUAAGUCAAAAGAAAUGGUGGAUCUCUGUUUUGUUGUGUCUUUUCUUAGUCUUGCUCGGAGACAUCCUCGUCAUGCUUCUCUUGAACUUCUUCUAUGUUCAAGACCGUCGAGGAGAAAGUGGCCAAGAUCAACAAUACAAAGGAACAUGGUUGCAAUCUCUUGUCCAAAACGCUGCGUUUCCAAUCCUCAUCCCUCUCUUUUUCAUUUUCCCUUCACCAAAACGUAACCAAGAAACCAACAAUACAAGUUUCCUCUCUUUUCGUCUCAUCGUGUUAUACUUUGUUGUUGGUGUUCUUGUUGCUGCUCACAGCAAACUGUUUGCACUUGGGAAGUUAUACGCAAACUAUGGCAUCUUCACGCUCAUUUCCGCGACCCAGUUGCUCUUUACCGCGUUUUUCUCAGCCUUUAUUAACCGUUUCAAGUUCACAAGAUGGAUCAUCUUGUCCAUAGCUGGCACCAUUUGUAUUUAUGUUUUCGGUGGUCCUAAUUUUGCAGGAGAGCCUAAGGAAGACGAAGAAUCCUACGACAUCCAAGCUUGGUUAACUUUUGCUGCUUCAGUUGCCUUUGCGUUAUCUCUCUGUUUCAUCCAACUCGGGUUCGAGAAAGUAUUGGUGAAGACAAAGAGAUAUGGUAACAAGAAAGUGUUUAGGAUGGUCUUAGAGAUGCAAAUAUGUGUCUCUUUGGUCGCUUCGGUUGUUUGUCUCGUGGGUUUGUUUGCGAGUGGCGAGUUUAACGAACUUAAAGGCGAUAGUAAGAGGUUUAAGAAAGGAGAAACGUAUUACGUUUUGAGUUUGAUAGGGUUGGCUUUGUCGUGGCAGGUUUGGUCAGUCGGGUUGAUAGGUUUGGUGCUCUAUGUUUCGGGUGUGUUUGGCGAUGUUGUUCAUAUGUGUACUUCACCACUAGUGGCUUUGUUUGUGGUGUUGGCAUUUGAUUUUCUCGAUGAUGAUUUUAGUUGGAAUAGAAUUGGGACUUUGAUAGCAAUAGUUGUGGCCUUAGGAUCUUAUUUCUACACGCUGCACAAGAGAAACAAGAAGAAGAUGGUGGAACUUAACCAAAGUGAGAACAAUGUUGAAGUUUAGUCUAUCAUUUCAAUUGUAUGUUUGUAUUUCAAAAUUUGUUCUUGUUCUCCAUAAUCUCAUAUGUCCAAUUCCAAAACUUGUUGUAUAGAUCUAAAAAGUGUGUUAUAUAUAUUUGUAAAUUGUUUUGAUUUAUUUUAA